AUGGCUCCUACUAUUAUCAAAGGCCCGGAUGACCUACUCUUGCAGAAGGGUAUUUCUCCGGCCGAAGCCGGCGUGCCCCCGCCAAAAUACAGUCUCACAGUGGAUGGCGAUUUGCAAGUAGAGCGCGACAUUGCGGUGACCCUGCGGGAUGGUGUUAAGAUGUAUAUCGACCUGAUUCGGCCCAAGGAUACCAUCAACGUGCCCGUGGUGCUAUCAUGGGGUCCCUAUGGUAAGCACCUAGACGCUGGCAAAGAGUACAGCAUGAUUUCCGAUGACAACGGCGAGUACGGAUGUGGUGUCGAUCUCGCCUGGCUCAACCCAUACACGGGGUUCGAGUCCGCCGACGGCCUGAGGUGGUGCAAGGCUGGCUACGCAUGCAUCACAGUCAAUCCGCGUGGCAUGUGGUGGUCAGGAGGGGAUUUUGCGAGCUGCUGGGGUGAACGUGAGGCUCGGGAUGUGUGUGACGUGAUCGACUGGGCGGGUACACAGCCCUGGAGUAGUGGCAAGGUAGGGAUGACAGGUGUUUCCUACCUCGCCAUCAUCCAGUGGUGGGCCGCCUCGCUCCAGCCGAAGCACCUUGCGGCUAUUCAGCCGUGCGAGGGCCUGACCGAUCCAUAUCGAGAACUUAUCUUCCAUGGCGGCAUCCCGGAAUCAGAAUUUGUGGAGGAGUGGCAGUACGAGCGGCUGAAGUAUUCCAUCUCUAAUGUUGAGGCCAUGAGAGAGAUGGGCAUGGAGCACCCCCUAGACGACGACUACUGGGCAUCAAAACGUCCCGAUUUAUCCAAAAUCGAGGUCCCCGCCUACGUGAUUGCGAGUUGGGCAGACCAAGGGCUGCACACUCGGGGCACCAUCAGCGCUUUCGAGGAGAUUUCUUCAAAACACAAACAUCUCGAAGUCCACGGGCGUAAGAAGUGGGCCUGGUACCACAAUCCAGCUACGUUUGAGCGUCUGCGUGCCUUUUUUGAUCAGCACGUCAAAGGAACAGGCAAUGAGUCCGGGACUUGGCCUCUAGCCAACUGGGAACUCAGAACUGGCUUGAACGCCGGGCUCGACAUGACUUCCACAGCCUGGCCACUUCCCAACCGCAAACUAGUGUCUUUUCACCUUGAUGCCACCGACGGCACGUUGAAGACCGAGACACCUUGUAGCCCAGGAACCGCGCGCUAUCUUUCCACCCCGGAGGGAGAAUCGGUGGUUUUCGAGCAUGUAUUUAGUGCUCAGACUGAUAUCGUGGGCUCCAUGGGGGUGAAACUGUAUAUCACUGCUGAGGAGGCCGAGGAGGCCGACAUUUUCGUGGCGCUCAGGAAAACGGACGCUGAAGGCAAAUUGAUCACGUUCCAUUUCCAGAACGCACUAUCCAAGGGCCCCGUGGCCCUCGGCUGGCUUCGCGCCUCGCACCGAGCACUUGAUCAUGCUAGGUCGACUCCAGACCGGCCAUGGCACCCACACACAAAGAAAGAACCUUUGAUUCCAGGACUGGCGGUGGCAGUGGAGGUAGAAAUCUGGCCAUCGGCGACGAGGUUCGAGGCCGGCGAGCGCAUGCAACUGGUCGUCCGCGGCAGCGACAUUUAUACAAACAACACGCGCCGGGUUCAUCAGACUCUCAACAAGGGAUGGUAUUUUAUUUCAACGGGGCCUGAGCAUGAUUCCCAAUUGACGUUCAACGUGCUCGAGGGCACUUAG